GUUAAAAUGGAAUCUGAAGGCAAAAUCACAAUUGCAUACUGGAAAAUUAGGGGAUUGAUUAGACACAUUCAAUAUGUACUUGAGUACUGUGGAGCUGAAUACGACACUAAGUACUAUGAGGCUGGAGGCCCACCAGACUUCUGCAAGAAAUGCUGGUUCGAUGAGAAAUUCAACCUUGGGUUAGAUUUCCCGAAUCUUCCAUAUCUUCUCGACGGAGACUUCAAAAUGACUGAGACAGUGCCAAUCAUGUUCUACAUCGCUGAGAAAUACAAACCUGAGCUCAUUGGAGAGACAGUCAAAGACAAGGGAACCAUCAAAAUGCUGAUGAACAUCAUACAUGCUGCUAAAGGUCCAGUUACCUCACUUUGCUAUUCUCAGGAAGAUAGAUCAGUUGUGAUGGAAGCCGCUGAAAAAUCUUUUGAGCCAAUCUCCAAGUUUUUGGGAGACAAAGAUUUCUUCGUGGGUGAUAAGCCAACACUCCCAGAUCUGCACAUCACCGAGCUAAUCCACUUGGUACUUGCAGUUGACACUGAGAAAACAUUUGCAGAGAAGUUCCCUAACAUUAUUGCACUCCAAAAGAGAGUUGAUGAGCUUCCAGAAAUCAAGGCAUUUUUGGAAAGCGAUAGAUGCCCAGACAUUCCAUUCAACAACACGAUAGCUAAGCUGAACCCAUAAACCAUAAGUCAUCUAUAAGAAUCGUUCCAAAA